AGAUAUUGUGCUACUAUGCCAAAACUACAGUUUUCCAUUAGCAAAUGUUUAUCAAGAUUUUUCCUGCUUACUCUCCUUGUAGUUUGUGUGAUUUUUAUAUCUAUGCCAUUUAUAGGAAAACACUCAACUGUGAUAUUUUAUGAAGCUGCAUUUUAUAAUGUUUCCGUUGGAAAAAAUACUCAACGUCAUUCUAGACAAGGUUAUUCAGAAGCUUUUAAUAUAAAAUCCUCUAAAGAACAAAAACAAUUACGUUCUGUGCACAGAGAGACUACAACACAGUUUACCACAACGAAACAACUAGAUGUUUAUACUGAAAAAUUACCAACUGUAAGACAUGAAAAUAAAAGUACAACUAUAAGAAUGUCACAAUCGAUAAAAUUAUCGAAGUGCCAUAACCCAAUAAACCAUGUAGCCUUUUUAAAAGUGCACAAAGCCAGUAGCACGACUGUAAUGAAUAUCUUCCUCCGAUAUGGAGAUUCGCACAGACUAAAUAUAGUUCUUCCAAAAUCCGUAAAACAAAGUGCCUUCAACUAUUUGGGUUAUGGCGUAACAGUUCAGAAAAAAAGGAUAAAUAAAAUUCCAAGCAACGAGACAUAUAAUAUUUUAUGUAAUCAUGCUGUAUUUGACAAGGAAGCGUUUGCAGAACUUCUGGGACCACAUUCAUUUAACAUAGGAAUCGUUCGUGACCCAUUUACACAUUUUCCUUCCGCUGCAUAUUACUACGGUUUACUUAGUCGUAUUAAAAAACGAUUUAGUGACAUAAAAGAUGCCGAAGAGCUACUUUCAAUCUUCUUAAAAACACCUGAUUCAUUUGGUUCCAUUUUACACAUACACAACGGAAUGUUUUCAGAUUUUGGACUUCCAAAGAAAGACUUUUAUAAUGAAGAAGCAAUUAAUAAACGCAUCAACGAUUUAGAUAAGGAAUUUUCGUUAGUCAUGGUAACAGAACUAUUUGACGAAUCUCUAAUAUUGAUGAGAAGAAUUUUGUGCUGGGAAAUCAAGGACAUUCUUUAUGUACCUCUGAAUAUUAAUAAGAAUAAGAAAAAAAAUCCAAUAGUCCUCACUGAAGACACAAAGAAGAAUUUAUUCAAAUAUAAUUAUGCUGAUUUUAAAUUGUACAUGUACUUUAGAGAUAAAUUGUUAGAACAAAUCAAAGAUGAAGGUGAGGAUUUCUAUUCAGAAGUUAGAUAUUUCAAAAAAGUUCAUGUGAUAGUUACAAAAUUUUGUCACGAGAGUUAUUUAAAGAAGUUUUCAAAUUCUGCAUCUAUCGUUAUAAAAGCUUCAGUCUGGAAUAAAGCUUUUACAAUUAAUUCACAAGAAUGUAAAUUUAUGAUGUCUUCCGAACUGCCUUUACUUAAAGGAUUGAUGAGUAAGGCUGAAACACGGUAUAAUAACUGGCUCGAAUCAAUGAUUGAAAGUUUUUCUGGCAACAAGGCUGUAUUUCAAAAGAGAAACGUAAUCUCAUGAGUGAACUUAUAUUUAACCGGAAGAAUUCUAAAGAAUAUUUUUGCCGGAACCGGAAACACAAUGUUCGAAAACGAGGGUAAAUUUCUGUCUCAGAGUCAUCUUAAUACAGUUUUGUUUACGAUAAUCAUUAUUUGUUUUCUGAGAGAUUCAUGUCAUACGUUGUUUUAAGUUUUGUUAAGUGAUAGAAAAAAUAUCGAUCUUUGAAAUCGUCUCAUAUCAAUCAAUUUGUUAUUUUUCGUUGAAUAAAAUAACUACUACAUGUAGUAUCCGUGGGAAAACGCCUUUAGAUUUUUUUUUAUCAUAUUGAGAGGUUGAAUAAAAUAAAGAAAAACUUUGAAUACACACAUGUAAAAAAGAGUGAAAAUGAUAUCAAACAAGUUUAUGACAGUAAAUGUUUGAUGUCCUUGAAAGAUUUAAUUUUAUUGAAAUCACUCCGAGGUUUUGAUCUUUAAUUCAUAGUUGUGGCGUGAUCGUCCGUUUGCAAAGAAUUUCGAUCAAACCGGUGCUAGUGGUGGUCUUAAACUUUCAGUGAGGUGAGAGAUUUUGCUCCAUGUUGAAGGCCUCACUGUGACUUUGCGACGAAGAACAGCAAUAACUGAACUUAAUGUAAAUUUGAUGACUUUUACACAAAGGAUUGAACUUUGCUCUCGGUAAGCAAUGAUUUUUUCUGAAAAUUUGAUUCUUGCCAACUUAACCGUUUAUAAUUUGGUAUUGUAUUACAUGUAUA